AUGCCUUCCGAUCUCUGCCCCGUCUACGCCCCCUUCUUCGGUGCCAUGGGCUGCACCGCCGCCAUUGUCUUCACCUGCUUUGGUGCUGCCUACGGUACCGCCAAGGCUGGUGUUGGUAUCUCGGCCAUGGGUGUCCUCCGCCCUGACCUGAUCGUCAAGAGUCAGUUCUUCGAUGGUGUCAAAUCUCGGUAUACAUGCUAA